AUGGAACUUGGUUUUACUGCUCCACGUUCUAAUGCUGCUUUGAUCGCGACGGAUGCAAGUUCUGGUGCAGUAACUGAUGCAAGCGAUGAGCGGAACGAUCCGAUUGGAGUACGGGCGGCUCCAACAAUGAAGGCGUCUUUGUUGGAAAGAGCUGCGGAAGUGGUGAAUCCACGACGAAGAGCGUGUCCAGCCGAUGAGAGCAUCCUGAAAAAGUGCAAAAGAUUAAUCUUUUGA